UCUUUUUUUCCAGUCAGCUCUUAAAUUGAAGCAGGUGGUGAAUUUAAUUAUGAGACUAAAUGUUGAGGAAACACAAUGCGUAAUUGCAAAGCUCGGUGGCAAUAGAACUUUAUUUUGAAAGACUGCCUCCUUUCUGGUUUUGUGGUUAGGCAGCUAAAAGGAAGAGGUGGGGUUUCACGUUAACUCAAUUCAGCUGUCACUGCUGUGUGGACUAAAGGAGUCUAAAACUUGGGGGGUAUUUUUUUCAAUUGUUGUCAAUUUUGGUUUAAUCUAUUCUUUUUUGCUUUUGGAUAAACAACGGAAUGACAAAUGGUUUCCUCAGAUUUUACAGCAGAUGAGAGGAUGGAGAUCGAGAGCAUCAAAAUGUAUAAGAAGGACCUUCUGGAUGACAUCCAGAAGCUAAAGUCAGAGAUAGAUAGUGUCAUGGCACAAAUCCUCAGCUUUGAGUCUGCAGAAGAAAACAAAGAUAUGGAGAGGACGAAACAAUUCUCAAAUGGAAAGAAAAAAUUCAACAUGGAUCCUAAGAAGGGCAUCAGUUACUUAGUGGAGAACAAGCUGCUGGAUGGAAGUCCUCAAUCCAUUGCUGAGUUUCUCUACAAAGGCGAGGGACUUAACAAGACUGCCAUUGGAGAAUUCCUUGGAGAAAGGGAGGAACUCCAUCUCCAGACCCUGAAGAUGUUUGUGGAAUUGCACAAGUUCUCGGAUCUAAACCUGGUCCAGGCGCUCAGGCAGUUCCUGUGGAGUUUUCGUUUGCCAGGUGAAGCUCAGAAGAUUGACCGAAUGAUGGAGGCCUUUGCCACACGCUACUGCGAAUGCAACACUGACGUCUUUCAGUCAACCGAUACCUGCUACAUCUUGUCAUUUGCAAUCAUCAUGUUGAACACCAGCCUCCACAACCCCAACGUGAAGGACAAAACACCUCUGGAGCGCUUCAUAUCCAUGAAUAGAGGCAUCAACAAUGGAGACAAUCUUCCUGAUGAUUUGCUUUCAAAACUUUAUGCGAGCAUACGUGACGAACCAUUCAAAAUACCAGAAGACGAUGGGAAUGAUCUAACUCACACCUUUUUCAACCCUGACAGAGAAGGCUGGCUUCUCAAGCUUGGAGGUCGGGUCAAGACAUGGAAGAGGCGAUGGUUCAUUCUGACUGACAACUGCCUGUAUUACUUUGAGUUUACCACAGACAAAGAGCCCAGAGGCAUCAUCCCACUGGAAAAUCUUUGUGUGCGAGAAGUGCCAUACACUCGCAAACCAUAUUGUCUGGAGCUCUACAACCCCAACAGUCGAGGGCAGAAGAUCAAAGCUUGUAAAACAGAGACGGAUGGCAGAGUGGUGGAAGGAAAACAUCAGUCAUACACCAUCUGUGCCUCCAGUGCUGAAGAAAGAGACUCUUGGAUUGAGGCUAUCAGAGCAAGCAUCACCAAGGAUCCCUUCUAUGACUUGGUCUCAGUCAGGAAGAAGAAAGUUAUAAAACAGUCUCCACAGGACUGAACAGGGAAGCAAUCCACCCCAUAUGUUUCUAUGUUACUGCAGCAAUGUGGGACUGUUAGCAUCUAUACCACUUUGACCUGUUUGGAAAAACUUUGCAUUUUGGAGUCGGCGCAUUUGACCUAACAGGAACAUACUGAAUGUGCAUGUUGACGCUAAAAACGGAAAGAUGGGGGAGGGGGUUUGGUUCUCCUUCAGAUUUUCCCUUCUCUGAGAAAAAAACUGUGUCAAAGGUACAAGACUCAGUGACUUGGUAUUAGUGAGACAGGAGUUUUUAGGGUAUCCACGAUUAGUCUAUUUCAUUUUUCUUUGAGGAAUGAAAUUUCACAUGCAUUUUUAUGAAUGGCUGUACAUUUACAACACUUUCUUAUUUCUUUAACUGUAAGAAGUUGUUUGAGUGACUAACAAUGCUGAAGGACAAAUAGGGUCUGUGGUGUCACAGCAGUUCCAUAAAGUAAAAAAAAAAAAAAAAGACUGUGUCUUGGCGCGUCACAAUCUUCGACGCUCAGAAAAACAACCAACUUUUUGUUGUGCCCUGCUGAAAUUUGUGGCAAAUGUACAUACUGAACUUGCCUGUUUGAAAGUGUUGUAAAGUUUACAUAAGUAUUUACAUUAAUGUAAAUAUACCUGUUUGCAAUUCUUGUUUUUCUAAUGUAGUCUACUUAGAAAGCCUAGUGCAAUAAGUGUGUCCUCUCUCAUCUGUUCAUUUAAAUAUGUUACAGGAAUGACUACAAUGAUAUAUGGGUGUAAUAAUUAAUCAAUUUCAUUGAUGAAUCGAUUUAUACUCCCACAAUCCAAUCAGAUCCAUCUAAACAAACCAACAUUACAGUUCAACUUGUGGAAACAAUUUGAAUUUUGCAAAGACAUAUGACCAUACAGUGUGGUAUAAUGUACUAAUAAUGUUCUGUUUGUAUUAUUUUGAUGUGGAAAAACAAGUCGAACUUUAGGAAAUUAAAAUAUGACUGCAUUUGGCAUUAUAUCUUGUUUACUCAUUUGCACACAUAUUUAAUUUAUACUUUAUUAUCUUGCAAAUAAUACAAGGACUCUGGAAAACUUUACCUGCACUGUUCAGUAGCCAGGCAUUAAUCUCUGAGUCACACUGGUUGAAAUUUUGGCUAAAUACAUACUGGAUCAAUCUUAGGUCAGUGAAUCGGACUGAAUCGGAUCGUUCAAAAUAAAACAAUAUUGACUAUGAUUUGUAUUGUCAGCCACAAAUGAUGUUAUGAAUCGAUUUGUUGUUACAAACCUACUUUGUUACUAUGUAAUCAUUUUACAAAAAAUGAAUAUCUGUUUGUAUAAGGAGAAGUAAAUGUUUUUUUAAGA